AUGUCAAGAACCCUUUACUUGGUUGAGCCUGAAGAUAGCUCUGGCUUUGAUUUGAAGGACCAUGAUUGUAACCGAUCUCGUGUUCUUUCCAAAUAUAAAUUCCCAUUGCGUGAUGCUGAGGAGUUACUCAAUAACCACCGGAAUGGCAUGACUAGUAAAACAUGGAUUUCAAGCGAUAGUGGAUUUGGUUUCAGUCCGAGAACUAAUGAAUAUAAGGUGAUAAGAAUUCUUAAUGAAGGGACACCUCAUCCCAAUAGGAAUAGGGUGGUUGAGAUACACAAACUUGGAACAGUUUCAUGGAAAUCUGCUGGCACUGCUCCCUGCUCAAGCCUCUAA